CAUCGUCAUUCGUUAUAUCACUAAAAUGUCGUCAGCACUCACCACACCAGUUUUCAUACUUCCCUUUGCUCUCUACAAAGAGCGCACGCCCUCAGCCGCAGUCAUCGCCGCCAAUCCAACAGCAACAACAUUGCAAUUAUACUGCCCCGACGAAGUCUCCGCAGAAUGCAAGUCAUCUGGGUACAACAACUCCAUUGUAGUCGGACCAUGGGCAAGCAAGACUGUUCCAGCUGGCGCGGCUUCAACGGGCAUCUUCCAUUGGAUGUUGGCUUUGAACGAUCUGGGCGGCGUCAGUUCUGUUGAGUGCCUUGUGAGCAGCGGCACGCCUCAGACUUGCACGACCAUGAUGCUGCCGAAGGAAACUGGGGAAGACGGGAUUACCGAUGUUGCCACUGGUUUUGGAAGUAUCACGAAAGAGUUUGAGCUGAAGUUUGGUACGCUGCCAAUCGUCAUCACCAAGGGUCAGGAACUGCUUGAAACAACAUCUCAAGCCACGACCACGGAGGAUUCUAGUGCUGCUCAAGCCACUGGAAGUGAAACUGAGGCUACAAGUGCAGAGGUCACGGCUACUAGCACUUCAACUGAUGCUGCGGCACCAAAGGAAACUAAUGGGGCUGGAUCAAGUGCUGUCCGAAUGCUGAGUACCAUAUUUAUGGCUGGACUAGCCUCAUUAAUUGUGCAAUUUUGA